AGGUCUGAUUUUUUUGUUGCGUAUGGCGCUCAGCGCGAUGUUUUAACGUUCAAAAGUUUAAAAACUGCCACAUGUCGCGGCUGAAUUACUCUCGUUAGACGCAAAUAAGAAAAGAACAUGUCCACCGGCACCGUAUCUUUUCGGCGGGCAGCCUUGCUGUUGUGCCGUUUGCUGUACGGUGGCGUGAUUGGAUUUCCAGUUCCCGGCCCGGUCUCACUGGAGUUAGCGCAGCGAAGCUCCAGUGCAUCAUCAAAACAAGCUACAAGGAACAGGCCUCCGACGGACUCACUACUGUCCGAUCGCAAGCAGAAGAAGAGGGAGCAGACGAUCUUCUAUGGAAACGGUUUGGGCCUGCUUUACGACGAUCUGGACGAGAGGCCCCGGGAGGUCAUCCAUUCCGAACUGCUGCAGUUGAAAGCCAAAGCAGAUGAUGAGAAAGAGCCCGAGGAAGGGGAACAAGAGCCCGAAAAUAACGGUGCAGAAAAGGAUGAGAAGAAGGACGAGCAGGUAGUGACUUUUUGUUUUAGGUAGGGCUGCGUCGGCGGUCCCUUGCCGAUUCGAGCAGAGUCAAUAAUUGUGGUCCGACUUCUUUCCGUGUAAUCUUCAACAUCGGCACUUACAAAUGCUGACCAUUCGCACUAGACAUAAUGGCAAAACUACAAAAAACCAGGAGGCUGAAGAAGGCACAGAACAAGCUGGAGACAAGCAGACAGAUGCGGACAAGGACAACGAAAGCAGCGAUGUACUGGGCGUUGCCAUGAAAGACGUGGCGGAAUCUGCAUCAAAGGAGGAGAAUGCGAAAGAAGACGCUGGCGGCAAUCCGUUUUUGGGUGGCGUUGCGUCUGUCGCGGGCGGUCUGCAGUCCGCGGGAAGCGGGGUGCUUGGCGCGGCCGGACAAGUAUCGGGUGCCGUGGGGGCUGCCGCUUCGGCGGCAGGGAACGCGACGCGCACCGGCGCCAAGCAGGCGUCCGACGCCGCCAACAAGUCUCCGAUGGGCGACGCCGUCCUGCACGCUGUCCAGGAGGGGCCGGAGAGCAAUGAGGAGAAGCGGCAACGGAUUCUAGGCGUGCUGGGAGACCUUCACGGCGACGUGGGUCUCGAGGGAACGUCAUCGUUCAGAAUCGCCAACGCGUGCUUGCUCUGCGCAUUGCCCAGGGAAGAAGGACACGGACAUCAUGGAGAACACGGGCACAAGCAUGGACACGGGCACAAGCACAAGCACGCAGGAAAACAUCAUGCCAAUGCCUCCUCACGGCGUGAGACGGAAGAUGCCAAAACGACGGCGGAGGGAAUUGCAGCCGACCUCCAGGGUGAGGACGUACUGGGCUCAACCGAUGUUUCGGGGUCUUCAGACGAAGACGUUUUGGGUGCUGCAGCGACGACGUCGUUCUUGGCGUCGUUUUUCGAGAAGCGGGUGCGGCUUGCUGCAAAGCUUGAAACCAAGGGCCGCGCAAAGAAGUGCGCGAGGAGCAUGUACGAAGUCGUGAGCGAUCCGAAAAGCAGCAAGGGCACGAACGUGAAGCACCUGCUGAAGGACUUGACCAUGGUGAUUUUGCACGGAAAAGACGUGGAUGACGACAAGGAGACGCCGCAGGAACGAGAGAAACUGAAGCCCGUGAAGGCGUUGCUGACCAAGGUGAAGCACCAUCUGGACGAUCCGGAGGCCAAGCAGAACGAGCCCGUGGAAAGCGUGCACUCGAAGACGAAGGAGGCGGAGGAAGCAGAAAAGUCCGAACCGCCGCCCGCUCUGGAGGAAUUUUACCACCCGGUCGGAGACCUGUGCACCUGGUGGGAGAAGCACUUGGAGGCGAAAGUGGACCCCACGCCGAAGGACAUUGCCGCGCGGGCCACACGAAACAUGGUGUCGGGGGCUGUGGAAAGUUUGGGAUUGGGCCACCAGGCGGGCGGCCAGGCGGGCGACGCCGCGGCAGAUUUUCUUGGCGCCUCGCUGGACAAACUGAACAACCGGAAUGUGCUGACGUCGACGACGCCGGCGCCGUUUCUCGCUUGUUUUCAAGGUUUGUGCUGGUGAGCAGGGGGAAGGGAGGGAGUGGAGAGCGUCUACGGUUUUUUGAAAGUUGGUACUUGAGAUUUUCGAAAGAAGCUUUUGUUUUUUACACUGUAGGUUUUUCUUACACUCUUGCAUACACUUACAGCAGUUUCAUUGUUUGUUUUGAAUAUGGUUCAGAGAAGAUGAUACACUUCUGCAGAUUUGUUGAGUCCCAUUACAUUUCAAUUUCGUGAGCAUGAAGUUUCAGUUUGAAAGUUUAGCAUUUUUCUGACCUGUAAAAUAUGGACAUUUUCUUGUGAUGAAACCGCUGCCACAUUUUCGAUUUUUGUCGAUGUGCUCAUACAUUGAACUCAGCUUGCGAUGGAUUGGAUCUUUCAUUUUGUGU